AUGAUGAGCGAGAGGCAACGGUUUGCUCAGCUCUUGAGGGUUUGCUCAAAGAAUUUGUUUUUAGAUCAAGGAUUGCAGGUUCAUACUACAGUUGUGAAAUUGGGUUAUGGGUUUGAUAUGAUGAUAAACAAUGACCUUAUAGAUAUGUAUGGAAAAUGUGGCAGGGUCGAGAUAGCAUGCAAAGUGUUUGAUAGAAUGCCUCAAAGAAACGUUGUUUCUUGGACGUCUCUUAUGUGCGGGUACCUAAAUCAAGGCAAUGCCAAAAGCUCAUUAUUACUCUUAUGUCGAAUGGGAAGUUCCAUGGUUAAACCGAAUGAGUUCACAUUUUCUACGAACUUUAAAGCUUGUGGAUUCGUAGGUGUUCCUGAGAAUGGGAUGCAGGUUCAUGGCUGGUGCUGUAAAACGGGCUUUGAAUGGUUCCCAGUGGUGGGAAAUUCUUUGAUAGACAUGUAUUCAAAAUGUGGGAGAAUCGAGGCUGCAUUUCAGGUGUUCGAUGAAGUGCCUGAGAGAAGUCUGAUAACUUGGAAUGCAAUGAUAUCAGGAUAUGCAGUCGGACACAUGGGUGACAAAUCCUUGGAUUUAUUCAAGGAGAUGCAGAUACAAGGAAAAACCCCCGAUGGGUUUACUUUCACAAGCACUUUGAAAGCUUGUGCUGGUCUUGGAGAAUUGGAUGCCGGGAGGCAAAUCCACGGGUUUCUAAUUUCAAUGGGUUUUCUUUUGUCACAACAAACAAUCGUUGCAGGUUCACUUAUUGAUUUGUAUGCAAAAUGUGGGUCUUUACGUGAUGCACAGAAGGUGUUUGAUCAAGUUGAAAGAAAGAGUGUCAUCUCCUGGACAACGCUAGUUGUAGGCUAUGCUCAAGAAGGAAACUUGUCAAAAGCUAUGGAGUCAUAUAAUGCACUUAGAAAAAGCAGCUUUCCUGUUGAUGGGUUUGUUCUUUCCAGUGUGAUGGCAGUGUUUGCUGAUUUUGCUCUUCUUGAACAAGGUAAGCAAAUGCACACAUACAUAACCAAAGUCCCAUUCGGUCUAGACAUCUCUGUGGCAAAUUCAGUGAUAGAUAUGUAUCUGAAGUGUGGUGUAAUAGAAGAUGCAGAUAAGGUGUUUGAAGAAAUGCCCAAGAGAAACGUGGUAUCUUGGACAAUCAUGAUAACAGGAUAUGGAAAACAUGGUCUUGGUGAACAAGCGAUUAACAUCUUUGAGAACAUGAAAUCAGAAAACAUUUCACCUGAUGGAGUAACUUACUUGGCCAUACUCUCGUCUUGUAGCCACUCUGGUUUAGUUGAGAAAAGUCAACAAUACUUUUCAAGAUUACUCAAGGACCCCACAAUCAAACCGAAUGUGGAGCAUUAUGCUUGCAUGGUUGAUCUUCUUGGUAGGUCUGGUCGUUUAAAAGAAGCAAGAAAUCUUAUCAAGAACAUGCCCAUGAAGCCAAUUUCAGGUAUCUGGCAGACAUUGCUUAGUGCUUGUAAACUACACAAAGAUUUGGAAAUGGGACGUGAAGUUGGUGAAAUUCUUAUGAAAAUGGAUGAUGUAAGUGCUGUAAACUAUGUCAUGAUGUCAAGCAUCUAUGCCAAUGCAGGUUUAUGGAAAGAGAGUGAAAAGGUUAGAAAGUCGGUCAAAGCGAAGGGGUUAAAUAAAGUAGGUGGUCAAAGUUGGGUGGAGAUUGAUAAAUCGAUUCACUUUUUCUACAAUGGAGAUGAGAGGCAUCCAUUGACAUCAAGAAUCCAUGAAAAGUUGAAGGAAAUUGAAAAGAGAUUGAAGGAGGAAGUGCAAUUUGCUUAUGAAGUUAGGUUUUCAUUGCAUGAUGUGGAGGAGGAAUCAAGGGAGGAGAGUUUGAGGGUUCAUAGUGAGAAGUUGGCUAUCGGGCUUUUUUUGGUUCAUAAUGAUGGGAUUGAAAAGGAUAGGAGUUGUAUCCGGAUUUUUAAAAACUUGAGGGUUUGUGGGGAUUGUCACGAGUUUAUAAAGGGGUUGUCGAAGAUAUUAACCAAAGUGUUUUUAGUUAGAGAUGCUAAUAGGUUUCAUAAAUUUGAAAAUGAUUCAUUUGGAAGAAGUUUCCAAGACAAGCACAUGAUGUACAAGUUAAUAUCUGCAAGAUUUAGGUGA